AUGUCGGUACAUUGGAGUUCAGAGAUCAUGAAAUGGGAGUAUAGGGAAUUGCAGGCCACAGCAAUGUCUGUUGAUUAUUCGGGUAAUAAUGUACUGUUGGCUGGGCGCAGGUGGCUGGCUAUUAAAUCCAUUAGUAUUGAAGAUAAUGAGGGUGAUAUUGUCAAAAAAUAUCCACGCCACAGCAAAUAUGACGCUGCUGGAGCCGAAUGGUGUCAGACAUAUCCAGGACAAAAGCUUUGUGCGAUAGCGAGUAAUCAACAUGUAGAUGUAUAUGAGUGGCGUGCUGGAAAUGAUUUGACUUGUAUAAGCUCACUUCGAGGGCAUACGAGAGUCGUCAGUGACACACAUUUUCACAGACAGGAUCACAACUUAAUUGCAACAUGUUCUAUAGAUACUUUUACAUACCUUUGGGAUUUGCGAGAUACUAGAAAACCUGUGUGCUCUUUAAGUGCUGUUGCGGGGGCUUCUCAAGUGCAAUGGAAUAAAGUAGCAUCACAUUUAGUUGCCACUGCACAUGAUGGAGAUAUAAAGAUAUGGGAUUAUAGAAAAAGUUCCUCUCCUUUACAUUAUAUUUCUGCUCACCUUUGCAAAAUUCAUGGUGUUGACUGGAGCCCUCACCAUGAAUACCAACUUGUUACUUCUAGUCAUGAUGGCAGUAUCAAGUAUUUUGAUAUUAAUAAUGCUAGACGGCCAGAAAAUGUGAUAAUGACAAAUUUUCCUGUCUGGAGAGCUAUUUACACUCCUUUCGGGAGUGGAUUAUUGACUAUUGGAGUGGGGUGGGGUGGUUUGCCUCGGGUGGAACAAGCUGGGGUUAUAGGAAUAUGGGUAGGUAGAUCACUAACACACAGACUAGUAGGACACACUGAUACAGUACAGACUAUGGUGUGGAGGCCAAACACACUGCCAUCUAAUUAUCAACUGGUUACUUGGGGCAGAGACCAGACACUUAGAUUGUGGACAAUGCACCCAUCUCUACUCAGAAUGUGCUUACAUUACUUACCGGACAGCCCAGAAAAUGAAGAUAACAAUAGUGACAUUUCAGCAGCUAAUUAUGAAUCCACUGUCAGCUCAAUGAGUGAUCUCUCUGCUAGUGAUAAAUGUCAGGAAAUUCAAAUGAACAAAAUUUUUCAUAAAACAACUACCUCAAUAGAUGAAGAAUUUGAAUCUAUCAGAGAGAUGGCAAAUAUAGAAGUGACAGAUAUGAACAUUGAAACUAGGACCUGCCAGAUACAUUCAGAACGCAACGGUUACACUGCCAACCUCCAAGUGACCUUCCCUAGAAAUGUUACUGAACAGACUAUACCAAAGUUUUCCUGGUUAUCAGGAACAAAUGUAGAUAGUGCUACCACCAUUAAAAUUUUACAAUCUAUUAACAGAACAGCGUAUAGAAAGAAAAAGGAAGGACAUAGAUGUUUGUUACACUGCCUUAAAACAUUAGCCACAUCUAUAGAUGAGAUUCCAGUUAAAUUAAAUGAAGACUCAGAUUCGAUGAAGUCAAGCCAAAGAAGUCAAUCAGAAAGUGAGAACGCUGGAGACUCCUGCAUACCUUUUCCUAGAACAUGCGGUGCUAAGUGGGGUGGUGUUAGUACAUUAGUGGUAUUUAAUAGACCCCAAAAUACAAGACGACUAUCAUUAAAACCAGAAACUGGUACACCCAGGUCGAUGUCAUCGUUGUCGCUCAACCCAGGGUUGUUUACUACAAACUAUACGUCCGUAUCGCCUCACGCGACCACAACGCCCUCUCCGACCAACGCGUCCGGCUUCCCUCAGUUACUUCACCGACACGCGUCUAAUUCGAUCACGACAUUUUAUUUCCAAGAUCGAUGGAAAGCUCAAAGUCGUCGUGCAGGAAGCAUACGUAGUCGUGGCAGUAUAUCGGGGUGUACGCCGCCCAGGGUGGUGCUGUACGAGGCGUGCAAUCUCUUCCCUCUGAACAGGACACUCGCUGAGAAAUACGUCAUCAAUGCUGAUAAUCCUGUUGAUAUGUGCGAACGAAACGCAAAAGUGGCGUCAGAAGAGGGUGAAGGGGAGUUGUCACACGCGUGGGGUCUCGCCGCACUCGCCGCUAAGUCACUGGAAACCAAGCCAGUAGACCACCUCAUGUCCAGCGAGGAGAGCAUGGGCUGGGUGGGACACCCGCUAUGCUGUAACCUAGUACAAGCAUUAAUAUCACACUAUGCCAAGUUCUCUGACUUGCAAAUGGCAGCCAUGUUGACUUGUGCGUUUGCGGUCUUCAAUGACACUAAUAGUUCUAGCGCACAAUCUAUCAUAAGCACAUCAAGCUGCGGCAAUAGUACUUCACCAUACAGCACAGUCAACCAAUAUAGCGAGAUUGUUACGGAUGGAUGGACGUUACCAAUUUUACGCAGUAACUCGUGCUCCGAGGCAGAAAAUUUAAACGCAGAUUACAGUGUUACCAAGUCUGAGCCCUCGUCGUGUGUGAUAGACGAGGCCACAGUUCAUCUUUAUCACUGCUUUAAACGUGUUUACGCGGACAUUUUGCAUAGGUGGCAGCUUUUAUAUAAAAGAACUGAGGUGAUGAAGCUGGUGCGUCGCGCGGCCGGCGGCGCGGAGGAGGCGGCGGGCGAGGCGGCGUGGGAGUGCGCGCGCUGCGGCCGCACCGUGCGCAGCGCGGCGUGCGGCGCGUGCCGGCGCCUGGCGCUGCGCUGCGCCGUGUGCUCGCGCGGGUGCGCGGCCUCGCCGUGGCCUGCGCGCUCUGCUCGCACGUCGCGCACGCGCACCACAUGCUCGCUUGGUUCGCAGAACACGACACGUGCCCUACGGGUUGCGGCUGCAAAUGCGUUAUUGAAGGCAACUCGUUAUGGAAAGGAGCCAAGUAUUGACACUCUGAUGACUAGCCGCUUCUACGACACA